AUGCAGAGAAGAGCUGGGGACAAUAACAAUAUUAACUCAAGAAAAGCAGCACCUUUGCAUCCUCAUGAAAAUGGAAAAAAGAUGGAAGUGCAGAGAAUCAAACCACAAACUGCAGAGGAAACAACAAUGGCCGACAGGCGCCGGUCGGGGAAAGAACGAAAAAUGGCCUUAUUACAAGAUGUUGAUAAUCUGAAGAAGAAACUAAGACAUGAAGAAAAUGUCCACAGAGCUUUGCAAAGGGCUUUCACGAGACCCUUAGGGGCUCUGCCUCGUCUCCCUGCGUAUCUCCCUCAAUAUACACUCGAGCUUCUAGCUGAGGUGGCCGUUUUAGAAGAGGAAGUCGUACGUUUAGAAGAGCGGAUUGUGAAUUUGGAAAAUGCGAAUAACGAGCUGUCGAUAGGUAGCUUUAAACGAGGCCACUCAAGAUCCUCGUCUCGAGGUGAUGCUAAUUUUGGAUCAAUCCAAACGAGGCCUUGCCGUUCGCCUUCUCCUUCUCUCUCUCGAGUUGCUUCGAUAAGGAAGAUUUUGUUUUCCAAUAGUGUGCCCGAUUGCUCGAGGCAUUUUACUCAUGAGAGCCCACCGAUUAAUAAACGGAGUGCGAAUUCUUGCAAGGAGAGUAAACCGAAUGCCGGAAAGAAAUCCUCCGAAAUGAAAAACACUGUCAAAAGACGUACGAAUUCUCCGAAAAUGCAGUGUAGAAUUGUAGAACAAGCACAAGAGACGUCUUCUGGUUCGUCUGAUGGUAGAGUUGUUGAUGCCGAUAGUGAGGCAAACACAUUGUCCGAGGAUAUAUUGAACUGUCUGAUCAAUAUCUUCGUGAGAUUGAGCUCGUCAAAAGGGAAGAAAAUGGAUUCGGAAUAUUUUUCCUCUUUGGCAGCAAGGGCAUCAUUCGAUGAGAAUAACAAGGAAUCGAACUUUCGGGAUCCGAAUUGCGAUUUGUCCGAGUCCAAGAAGAUAGACAUUGGAACGGAAAAAUAUCUUUAUGUAAUAGAAGCUCGAUCAAUUGAUCUUAAACGGAAAACAAAUGCGUACUUUUUGAUCCAGAGGCUUAAGAUUCUUCUAGACAAGCUGUCGUCUGUGAGGUUAGAUGGUCUAAGCCAUCAUCAGAAGCUUGCAUUCUGGAUAAACAUAUACAAUGCCUCCAUUAUGAAGGCUUAUUUGGAUCAUGGAAUACCCGAAAGUCCUGAGGAAAUUGUCGAUCAAAUGCAAACGGCAACAAUAAACGCCGGUGGACAUAAGCUAAACCCAGUUAUGAUCGAACACCUUAUAUUGAGACUUCCAUAUCACUUGAAAUACACUUGCUUAAAAUCAGCCAAAAAUAAUGAAAGGACAAUAUGCAAAACACUCGGUUUGGAUUGGCCCGAACCUCUCGUCACGUUUGCACUGUCAUGUGGAAGCUGGUCUUCCCCAGCUGUGAAGGUGUACACUGCAUCUCGAAUCGAGAUAGAGUUAGAAGCUGCCAAAAGGGACUAUUUACAAGGGGCAAUUUUCGUGUCAUCUUCGGACAAGAUAGUUAUUCCCAAGCUGCUCGAUUGGUACCUUCUCGAUUUUGCGAAGGAUUUGGAUUCGUUGCUCGACUGGAUUUGUUUGCAGCUGCCAGAUGAUAUUCGAGACGAAGCUGUAAAAUGUGUUGAGAGAAGGUUAAAAGAGCCUCUGUCAAACCUGGUGCAAGUGAUGCCUCAUAAUUUUAGUUUCAGAUACCUUAUACACAGGUGA